UUUCUGCUCAGACUACGGUGCGGUCUUCAUUCAUUUCCUUGAUUAUGAAGAGCAUAAAAUCCAAAAUUUCAUCCAAAUAACAACACGACACAGCAACGAAAAGGUCGAAAAUCACGCGCCGGUUGAUAUUUGACACGGCUCAAGGAUAUUUGCGGCUUGUCAAUCAUCGCUCGCGACGAAACCGAUAGUGAAACUCUGACGAAAUUUCCGGAUUUUCUGUGAGCGAAAACCGACGAGGUGCCAUCUUCGCGAAUUGAAAAUAUGGUCGAGGGAGUUACAGUCGUUACUGACAAAGCCACAGACAUCGAAAGAAAGGUUAAAUGUGUUUUCCUCGGCGACAACGGCAUCGGGAAGACAUGUUUACUCCUGCAGCUGUGUUACAGUUCAAAUACACUGUCGCGAAAACAGGUAGAAUCGUUCACUAGCGCCUACAUUGCCAACAUGGACGUCAACGGCAAAAUUUAUCAACUAGAGCUCUGGGAUACGGAAUGCCAUGAGGGUAAAGAUAGCGCUAGACAGCAGAACUAUCCUGGCACUGAUGUGUUUUGCGUGUGUUUUUCUAUUGCCGAUUUAGAAUCGUUUCGCAAUGCCGAGACAAGAUGGUUCAAGGAGGUCAAGCAACUCGCUCCACGAACUCCCAUCGUUCUUAUCGGGACGAAGUUGGAUCUCCGCGAUGCUACAGAGAGUAAAAAGCGCGGGAAAGGCCACAGCAGCCAGCGCCCAACCGGGCAAGUCACUCACAAGGAAGCCAAGAAAAUGGCGAAAAAAAUUGGGGCUAUAAAGUACAUCGAAUGUUCUGCACUGAAACAAAGAGGUUACAUGGAGGUGCUAGAUGAAGCAGUGAGAGCCGCCAUAGCAAAAUCGACCAAGAAAGGGAAAGCAAAAUGCGUGAUUCUGUGAAAACAAGGUUGCACGAAACGAUGUCCUAGCGGAGAAGUCACUUAACUGGAUUUGCUUCUUUGAUGAUGGAUUAUAAUUGUUGGUAAUCUUGCCUUGAAAUGGCGACAAGGAACUGCGUGUUUCUUAAAAUUUGUUGAAGAAGGGAAUUUGUUUGUGUGUGUUAGUUCCAAAGGCCAGCCCAUUAGCGCCUUUGAGCGAAAAAAAACGUCGAGGGAAAAAUUGUCAAAUUUUCACUUUAAAAUGUGCGAUUAUGCACUGAAAAAACGAUAAUGUAAAAAUGACAAUAACAUUUAAUGGGCACACGACGCUGUCUAAUUAGUUUUACCCAUGAAAGUCAAACAAAAACAAAAUUUGUACAGAAGUGUGGCAAAGAAAAAUGUAAUUUGCAAACAGAAAUGAAAACAGAAGUAAAUACGAUAAAAUGAGGAGCAAA